AUGGGAAUGUUUGCGACAUCAGCCACGCAAAAGCUUUGCUUUUACAUAUCUCCCAGAAUAACUAAUUACGAUCUUACGGAAAGAUAUUGCAUCGAGAAAAUAUUACGCUAUGUGAGGCAACGUUCGGUAAAAGAGAAGUGGAAGAAAUUUAAACAACAAUCCAAGCACACCAUUAUAAUCGAGCAGACUGCUACUUUUGUAGCCAAAUGGCUUCAACCGGAAAAGGAAGUAUCUUGCUCGUACAUUAAAUCAUCAUUAAAUACCAUCGCACAAGAUGUAUUGAGUCGCCUAAAACAAAAACAUCCUAAUCAUAAAAUAUUCUCCGAAAACGCUACACACAAAUUUAGCUAUACAUCGUAUAUUGACAACAAUGUCUACGAUAAUUUUUGGAACCUAGAGGAAUCAACUCAAAUUUUGGAUAUACUCGAAGAACACAUGUUUAAAGAAUUAAACUUUCGACCAAGCAAAUCGAACGUCAAAAAAUUGGAAUAUAGUUGUAUAGAUAAUGUCUUAAAAAAUAAAUAUGGCCAUAAAAUUAUUUUAUUAAUAAUAUAUCAAAGUGUAGCCAGAAGACUUGGUGUACGAUGCGAUAUAGAAAAUAUCAGGAACGCUAGAGAGCAACUUAGAAAAUGCAAUGUUCAUUAUUAA